AUGCACAACAGCUGCAGCUAUGUGGACGAGUGCAGCUUUGACGGGCUGUGUCGCCGUGACCUGGGAAACGUGUGCUUGAAUACACCCGGCAGCUUUGUGUGCCAGUGCCGUCCUGGCUACCUUGCAGAGGCCCCCGCCUGCGUGGGCGCCGCCUGUCCAAACUUCACAGUGUGUCAAGAUGUGGACGAAUGCUCGGCAAUUCCCACGCUGUGUGAUGGCCGGGCAGUUUGUGAGAACACGUUGGGUAGCUACAAGUGUGUGUGCCUGCCAGGUUACCGUGGAAACGGCACACACUGCGAAGAUACAAACGAGUGCGCAUCAGGCGCUCACGGCUGUGACGUCAACGCUCGCUGCGGCAACGUCAUCGGCUCCUACUUUUGCCAGUGCUACCAAGGUUUCAAUGGUGACGGCCAUUCCUGUUUCGACGUUGACGAGUGUGCUGUGAACAACGGACACUGUGACCACAACUGUGCAAAUGAACCAGGAGGCUACAGCUGCCUGUGUGCCUCCGGCUACCAACUCAACCAAGAUGGACUCGGAUGUACAGACGUGAAUGAGUGUUUGUCCCCGAACGGAAGCUGCGCGCACGUCUGCGUCAACACUCCGGGAUCCUUCCGGUGCACGUGCAGGGCCGGCUACCAGCUCCACAUCGACGGCCACGCCUGCGUAGACAUUGACGAAUGUAAACUUGAGAACGGCGGCUGCUCGCACACCUGCACCAAUUCCCCAGGGGGACACAACUGCCACUGUCCACCUCCUCUGCUGCUGGACACGGAUAACCACACCUGCAGCAAUGUGACGUCUUGUAAACUGAGAAACGGCGGCUGCGACCACGUCUGCAUCACGGGCGCCGAGGGCAGCGUCCAGUGUAGCUGCCGCGCUGGCUGGAAAUUGAGCAAGGACCUGAGAAGCUGCGAGGAUGUGGACGAGUGCGGAGACUUCACGAACGGUGGCUGCGAGCAAUUGUGCGAGAAUCACCCCGGAGGCUUCAACUGUACCUGCAGGGAAGGCUAUCGUGUGCAAAGCGAUGACCACGCCAAGUGCCGGCCUGUGUGCGACCCCCCUUGUCCGAACUACGGAGUGUGUGUGGCGCCCAACAGCUGCGACUGUCCUGCGGGAUACCCUGGCCUUGGCUGCUCAGCCAUGUGCUCCCCACCUUGUGCGCACGGAGGUACUUGUAUGCGCUGGAACAAAUGUUUAUGUUCUCCUGGUUGGACCGGAGAAGGCUGUCACACAGCUGUGUGUGAGCAGCUCUGUGCUAACGGCGGUCGCUGUGUGGGUCCCGAUACCUGUCAAUGUCCCUCAGACUACACAGGUCCCCAGUGCCUUUUGCCCUUGUGCACACCUGCCUGCCAAAAUGGUGGCCGAUGUGUUGACGUCAAUAAGUGCACGUGUGUUGGCAGUUGGCAAGGAGCUCGUUGCCAGAUAGAGCCCGUUCAGUGUCAGAAGCCCUGUAAAAACGGCGGCAUGUGCGAAGGCCUCAACAGGUGUCGCUGCGCCAAAGGAUUCACUGGAAGUCUCUGUGAAACGGCGGUGACCACCCCGUGCGUUCCUCCCUGCCGGCACGGCGCCACAUGCAGUCCUCACAACACCUGCACCUGUCCCGAGGGCACUGCGGGCCUGCGCUGUGAGAGAUUGACAUGCCCUGUGGUCACCACUGUGGUCAGCAUGGCUCGGGCGGUGAGAAAAGCUUUUAAGGAAAGUUACGUUGACCGUUGCGGACCUUUGGGGAUUCAGCUUUGCACCAAAUACAGGAUGAACCAGGCGCGUGUGUACCUGCAAGCCUACAGGGUGGGCUACAAAAUCCAAUGCCCGCAGAGGAAAGGCAGAUGAUCAACUGUUUGGAAUAAACAUUCCACAAAGUAUAUUUCAGACAGUGCUGAAGCAAGCAACUGCUGUGAUCGUGACAAUUCGCCCAAAUGUUGAAAUGUGGCGAGAUAUGGGUUAAGAUUACUGUACAAGCCAAAGUGACUACUUACUUUUUUAUUUCACAUUGUUUUGUUUUCCUUAAAAGUAAACUGCAUAUUGGACUCUUAUAAUUUUUUAUAUGGUGCAUUAAAGGUUCUUUUUUUUAAUACUUAAUAGCUUCACUUUCCAACCUGUCUUGGACGGUCCAAUGGAUGGAUGAAUCGGAAGGACAUCGACUUUAUUUUAGAGUUUUAAAAUUUCAGUGUAGAGUUGUUUUCCUACAUUUUGAUCAAACCUACACUGAAUGAAUCCUCUAGAAUAGUUUGCGGAUUACGUAAUGAGUCAACCCGUUAUGCUGUUUAUCUUUAAAUUACCCGAAGUGGCCAAAUUACAUUUAGGCAACUGGAAUCUUUUGUGUAUUUGUGUAGUACUUUUUUGAGCCACACGAUGGUAGUAAAGAGUAUGUGACGUUGCAUAGUUGACUUCCGUUUUCGAUUUAACAACUAAAACUAUAUUAAUUGUAUCAAGGAAAUAACUCGGUAUUUGAUUUCUUUUAGUGUCUUGUUGUUUAUAAUUUACUUUACUUAUAGCCGUUUUAAUAAGUAUGGUUAACACCACAGAGAGGAACCCUGUCGAGGGACCGGUCUUGGCCGUUUAUUUUGAAAGACGGAAACUACCAACUCACUAGCUUUCCUCAUAUGUUUGACUUGUCCUGCAGUGUCCUCCAAAUAAAACAGUGAAUUUGGUUUGUGGUCAGGUCAGGACGCGGGACAGCAGCAAAUAUGGUCCUUGACGAGAAAGUGAUCACAAACGGAGAACCAGAUAAUGUAA